AUGUCCCGGACACGCCAGCCGGGGACGAAUCCCCAGCUCCAGACCACCACGGAAUCACGCGAUCCAUCCACCGUUCGCCUCACAGGGACCCUGCGAUUGAGGGGCGACGAAACUCCGAGUACGAGCGAGCCGUCAUCGGCCAGACGCAUCAGAUGGGGUGAAGAUGUAGUGGAUAAUGAAGGAAUGGGGAAGAAGAGCUCCAAAGUGUGCUGCAUCUACCACAAAGCCCGCCCCGUAGGCGAGAGCAGCUCCGAAUCCGAUUCCUCUGACUCCAACUCGUCGGAUUCCGAAAGCGAGAACGAAAUUGAUCGCCGCAGACUCCGAGCAAACGCCCAUCACUCGCACCGUCGGGGCCGGAGACCGGCUGAGGGAGAAUCGUCAGAACAGUUGCCAGAGCAAGAUCAAGAGGCUUGCUGCGAGCACCAACCUACGAAACACAAAAGGCGGAAGCCAAGUCCAAAUGCCUACGAGAAGAUGCCCAAGCCUUCCAAGAAUACCUCUCGAGGCACGUAG